GACCAAAUAAAAAUGGUUCUAGAUUGAUGAUGGCGUGUGAGAGAGCAAAAUACGCUUUUGAUUAUUUGCCGCCGCAAGCAAAGGGGGGUCACGUUCCACUAACUUUCAAGAUUCAACAAAACCCACUCUUGUGUUUCCUUUUUUUAUAUUUCUUCAUAUUCCUCUUUUUGUGUUAUCUUUUUCAAUAAACUAAUCUUCUGUAAGAAGAUAAUCUCCAGGAAAAAAGAUUUCUUUUUACAAAAAAAAAAAAUAAAGAUUCUGUGAGAAGAAGUCUUUUUGGGUUUUCAACAACCUCCAGGUUGAAUAUAUAUGCUUUGGCACUUAGUAACAGUGGCUUUUAAAUUCUGAUUUUUGAUUAUUUUCUUCUCAAGAAGAUUGGGGCUUGUGCUACAGAGUUUUGCAAUGAACAGAGGGAAUAAAAGUAAUCAGCAACCUUCAUAUAUCGCUGAUCAUUUCAGCAGCUUGGAUCAGGUGAUAACUUCUUUGAGAGAAGCUGGACUUGAAUCUUCAAAUCUGAUUCUAGGAAUUGACUUUACCAAGAGUAAUGAGUGGACAGGAAGAUAUUCAUUCAAUAGAAAAAGCCUUCAUGCCAUUGGUAAAAGACAGAAUCCAUAUGAGCAAGCAAUAUCUAUAAUUGGUCGUACUUUGUCUCCCUUUGAUGAAGAUGAUCUUAUACCUUGUUUUGGUUUUGGCGAUGCAACAACACGCGAUCAAUAUGUAUUCAGCUUUUAUCCCGAGAACAAAAGCUGCCAAGGAUUGGAAAACGCUGUUAAACGAUAUAGAGAGAUUGUUCCACAUUUGAAGUUAUCUGGACCUACCUCGUUUGCACCGGUUAUUGAUGCUGCCAUCAACAUAGUUGAGCAGAAUAACAUGCAAUACCAUGUUCUCGUCAUUAUUGCAGAUGGUCAGGUUACAAGGAAUCCAGAUGUUCCACUUGGUCGACUUAGUCCACAGGAAGAAGCUACUAUGAACUCUAUAAUGGCAGCUAGCCAUUAUCCAUUGUCAAUCGUCUUGGUUGGAGUAGGAGAUGGACCAUGGGAUACAAUGAAACAGUUCGAUGACAAUAUCCCUCACCGUGAGUUCGAUAACUUCCAGUUUGUAAACUUCACAAAGAUAAUGUCGGAGCACAAAGAUGCGGCUAAAAAGGAGGCUGCUUUUGCACUUGCAGCUCUCAUGGAGAUCCCUUUUCAGUACAAGGCUACAUUAAGUCUCAAAAAACCAGAGCGCAGUUCUUAUCUGCACCAUAAGCCACUCCCGCCACCACCGGAGGUUAUAGAGCGUGACAAUGCUAUUAGAUCGGUGCCACAUCCUAUGACAGAAACUGCAGAGAAAAGUGACAGAACAGGUCCUGCUACAGCGCCGGUAUGCCCGAUUUGCUUAACGAAUCCAAAGGACAUGGCUUUUAGCUGCGGUCAUACGACAUGCAAGGAAUGCGGCGUGGUUGUCACAACAUGCCCAAUGUGCAGACAGCCUAUAACAACAAGGAUAAGGCUGUACACUUGACUCAGUAAAACUCUGGGAAACUCAAGGACGCUAGAGAUGAGGCAAAAGACAUAUGGUUAACUGGUUACGCACUUGAGAUUCAUGUUCAUACUUGUGUAGCACCUUGUACAGUCCAACCAUAAGAAAAAUAAUACCUAAAUCUUGAGUUGUAGUUCGUAUGUAUUUGCAGUGGCCGUGAAGUUCUAUGAAUUUAA